GGGUAAAGUGAGAGAGAGAGAGAGGUCUCAUCUCAUCUACGUUUAUUCUUCAACAUUCUCCAGCGAAGCCGUCUUCUUCUUCUCCCUUUCAAUCCCUCUCUCCUUGGUUUCAUCUUCUCUGCGAUUUCAAAAAUGUCGAGCCGUUGGUUGAGACCUGAGGUGUAUCCUUUGUUCGCUGCCACCGGAGUUGCCGUUGGGAUCUGUGCGUUUUCGUUGAUCAGAAACAUCACCGGAAACCCUGAAGUCAGAUGCACCAAGGAGAACAGGGCUGCUGGAAUUUUGGAUAACUUUGCAGAGGGAGAGAAGUACAAGGAAAAUUUCCUGAGGAAGUUUGUUCGCGACAAGCAUCCUGAGAUCAUGCCUGGAAUCAACAAGUUCUUCACUGAUCCUAAAUACUGAACAAUCAUCGUCCAAGAACUUUGCUCCCCCGCAAUCGUCGUAUUGUUUUAUGGAAUUGAAUCUCAUGUGAUAUAAACCUCAUUUGUCAGUUUCACAUUGUUGAUGUAUCCUCCAGCUGAACACUUGUUAAUGCUGGGCUUAUGUUGUCACUUUUAAGCAGAAAAUAAUUGAAUUGCUCUUCUUUAGCA